AUGCUUGUUUUGCACACGUCUCUCAAACACAGAACCAGGAAACUCAGUUGACAGAAACUGUCAAUGAUCUACUGUUGAGCUGUUGUUUGUGUGUCUGUAUUGCUGUAGACAGUGAAAUGGCUGAAGCCAGUGUUUUUUCAGUGGAGCAGUUCUUGUGUCCGGUGUGUCUGGAUCUCCUGAAGGAUCCAGUGACCAUUCCCUGUGGACACAGUUACUGUAUGAGCUGCAUUACAGACUGCUGGGAUCAAGAAGAUCAGAAAAGAGUCUACAGCUGCCCUCAGUGCAGACAGACCUUCAGUCCAAGACCUGCUUUAGCUAAAAACACCAUGCUGGCUGAAGUGGUGGAGAAACUGAAGAAGACCAAACUAACAGCUGCUGUUCCUGCUGGACCUGGAGACGUGGAGUGUGACAUCUGUACUGGAAGAAAACACAAAGCUGUCAAGUCCUGUCUGGUGUGUCUGGAGUCUUACUGUCAAACUCAUUUCGAACAUCAUGAGGAGUUUCACUCAGGAGAACAACACAAAUUGAUUGAUGCCACUGGACGACUGCAGCAGAUGAUCUGCCAUCAACAUGAUAAGCUUCUGGAGGUUUUCUGUCGUACUGACCAGCAAUGUGUUUGUGUACUUUGUAUUACGGAUGAACAUAAAAACCAUGAGACUGUAUCAACUGCAGAAGAGAGAAAAGAGAAAGAGAAACACUUGAAGGAGACUCAGAGUGAACUCCAGCAGAGAAUCCAGCAGAGACAGAAAGAUCUGGAGCAGCUGAGAGCGGCUGUGGCGUCUCAUAAGCGCUCUGCACAGACAGCAGUGGAGGACAGUGAGAGGAUCUUUACUGAGCUCAUCCGCUUCAUUGAGAGAAGCCGCUCUGAGGUGACACAGCGGAUCAGAGAUCAGGAAAAGACUGCAGUGAGUCGAGCUGAAGGACAAAUGGAGCGACUGGAGCAGGAGAUUGAUGAUCUGAAGAAGAGAAACACUGAGCUGGAGCAGCUUUCACACACAGACGAUCACAUCCAUUUCCUCCAGAGUCUUCUUCAGUCUCACUCAGCUCCUCCUGAAUCUACAGAAAACAUCUCUGUCAGUUUCCUCUUUUCUAUUGAUGGUGUGAGAGAAUUUGUCUCUCAGCUGAGACAGAAACUGGAGGAUUUCUGCAAGGAGGAGAUGAAAAAGAUAUCUGUUUCUCACAGUAACAUUGUUCUCGGGACCAGAGAUGACUUCCUACAAUAUUCCCAUCAGUUCACUCUGGAUCCAAACACUGCACAUAAACGCCUCAGCCUGUCUGAAGGGAACAGAGUGGUGACUUGCACUGGCACACUCCAGCUGUGUCCUGAUCAUCCAGACAGAUUUGAUGGAUACCCUCAGGUGCUGUGUAAAGAGAGUGUGAGCGGACGCUGUUACUGGGAGCUUGAGUGGAGUGGAUCUGUAUAUGGUGUCGGUAUUUCCGUGUCAUAUAAGAACAUCAGCAGGAAGGGAUCUGGUUAUGAGUGUUUCUUUGGAUUUAAUAAUCAGUCCUGGAGUUUGUCCUGCUCUCCCUCCAGUUUCUCAUUCUGGCACAAUAACAAUCAGACUAAACUCCCUGUUCCUUCCAGCUACAGGAGAAUAGGAGUGUAUGUGGAUCUCAGUGCAGGAACUCUGUCCUUCUACAGCGUCUCUGACACAAUGAACCUCAUCCACACAGUCCAGACCACAUUCACUCAGCCGCUCUAUCCUGGGUUGAAUGUUUAUGGUCGUCAAUCAUCAGCAAAACUAUUAUAAGUAUGUAAAUUGUAGAGAGAUUUUACACAUUGUAUUGUUACAUGCUAACUCUGAGCUGUAUAAAACAUCAGAAUAUU